UAAUUCCUUCCUUAUUUUUCUUGUUUAAUUUGAUCACAACUUAGUUAUACAUAUUUCUAAAGUUAUAAUGAUAGAGUCUUGGAAUCCUCCUCUUUUACAUGACUACUCUAAGCUUUCGCGACGAAGCAGUCAUGACGAUGGUGGGACAAACCACAGCGCGAAGCUGAUAAUGGAAGAGUGCGAACUUCCGUUGAUAGAUCUCAGCGGUCUGAAAAGUAAGGAUGAGAGACAAAAGAUUAGUUGCGAAAACGCCAUAGCUAAGGCUUCAUCUGAAUGGGGUUUUUUUCAAGUUGUGAACCAUGGUGUGAGUCUUGAAUUACUAAGGAAAAUGAGGAGAGAACAAAUGAAGUUAUUUAAGGCACCUUUUCAAAUGAAAGCUAAUUGUGGGAUUUUAAAUAAUUCUUAUAGAUGGGGAAAUUCAACAGCUACUUGUCCUAAGCAAUUUUCUUGGUCAGAGGCUUUUCAUAUUCCUUUGACAAAGAUUUCAGAAGCUGAUUGUUAUGGAGAGUUCACAACUUUAAGGGAAGUGAUGGUGGAAUAUGCAGCUGCAAUGCAAGACCUAGCCAAAUCACUUGCUGGAGUUCUUGUAAGAAACUUAGGUCAAAAAGAUAAUAUAAUGAGAGAAAUUUGCAAUGAGAAUUCAUGUUUUCUUAGACUCAAUCACUAUCCACCUUGUCAAAUUUCUCCAGAAAUAUUUGGAUUAGUACCACAUACAGAUAGUGAUUUUUUGACCAUUUUACAUCAAGAUCAAGUUGGUGGACUUCAACUAAUGAAAGACUCCAAAUGGGUAGCUGUCAAACCUAACCAAAAUGCACUUAUUGUCAACAUUGGAGAUCUUUUUCAGGCUUGGAGCAACGAUGUGUAUAAAAGUGUGGAACACAAAGUGAUGGCUAAUGGAAAGAUGGAGAGAUUCUCAAUAGCUUAUUUCCUUUGCCCUUCUUAUGAUUCUUUAAUUGGAAGCUGCAAAGAGCCUUCUAUUUAUAGGAAAUUCACUUUUGGAGAAUACAGAUAUCAGAUUCAACAAGAUGUCAAAUUGAUUGGACACAAAGUAGGCCUCUCAACAUUUCGUCUAUAGCAUUUUACACAUAUAAGAGCAAAGAAAAAGAAAACAUAUAUUUGAGGCCUAAGAUCCUACAAGAAAAUCACAAUUUUGAGGAAGUUGGUACAAGAAAAGUUUUUUGUUGUA